AUCCACUCUGCUUUCCAUCAAUUCCGCUGGAGAGCGCGCACCUUUGAGCUUCAUUGUUACGCAACCACCUUGCACGUUAUCAUGGUCGACGUUCUCGGCUUCGCCUCAGCACAGCGAGGAUAUGUUGUGGACACUCUCAUCCUCGCGGCGUGGUCGGCCUUCACAUUCUGGAACGCGUGGUUUCUAGGAAGGAGCUUGCUAGCCCGAUCACUGGGAACGGCGGGUGCGGCACUGGCAGAACAUCCGGCGCUCUUUGGAGUUGUGACCCGCCUCGUGUGCCUGUUCACUAUGGACCUUCUGGUAUACGCGCGCUUUGCUUGGGUCAAGAGAGACCCGGCAUGCGAAGCUUGCCCCGGAGAUAGAGGAGAGAAAGCAAGGGAAGCCAAGUUGGAAGCGACCAUUGCUGAGCUGAGGCGGGAAAAUGCUGAGCUGCGGCUCAAGGUCUAUGCCUAAGCACUAGUCGGCCAGCAUGUAGGCGGAGGGCUAUUCAUUUCAGUAAGCUACGUGACCCGGUAUAACUCGUGUAUGUAAUGCCGCGAUAAUCAUUCCA